AUGCACUCUAAGCAUAGAAGCCGAGAUACAAGCGGAAAUCAUUCUGCAGACUACGAAGAGGACUACCGGCCAGGCAAAUCAAGGCGUACUCCGAGCUCUUCGGAGAAGGCUCACCGGUCUUCAUUCCGAGAACGACUGCCGUCAGGAGCACCUCCGUUAGACAACUCUCGAGGUCACCGUCGAGAUCAUGAGCCCGAUGCUCGACGCCGCGAGCGCUAUUCAGUUAUAGUUGAGUGGCCGGUUUCGGAGGCCGGAGACCAAACAAGGAGCUCUGAAGGCACUCGAGGACAGCACCAUUCGCGCCGCCUGUCCAACAAGAGCGAACAAUAUAAUCAUGCCGAUGAUUGGUAUAGCAGUAAUGCGAGGAAUAAUCGCUGCUCGGUGAUGCGGCACACGAAAGAGUAAAAGACGAGCAU